AUGUGGCUGGGAGUUACUUCAGUAUGCCUUGUGACUGUGUCGUUAGUGUCAUCCUGCUUGUCAGAAGAGGUUUGUCAGGCGAAACAGGAUGCAAGAGGGGAAAGUUGCGCCACAGAAUCAGCACAGAAGAAAGAAGAUAGCAAGUAUACGCCUUCAUCCAAUACCAGAUGGAAGAACUACCUGAAGAAGAUUGACAAGGCUUUGACAGAUUAUACAGAGUGCAGCUCAGACCUCUGUUCCUGUCAUCAAGAUGUGAUCAGUAAUGACCUACGAGUCUGGGAAGAAAAACCAGGUGGAAUUACGAAAGACAUGAUCACUGAAUCCAUACAGAGAGGAGUACACUACCAAAUCAUCAAUCACAAACUGUAUCGGGAGGACCAAUGCAUGUUUCCUAACAGGUGCUCUGGCGUGGAACAUUUCAUCCUUCUUAUUAUAAAAAAAUUGCCGGACAUGGAGAUGUUGAUAAAUGUGCGAGACUGGCCCCAGUCAUCAAAACAUGGUCCACCAAUCCCUGUCUUCUCCUUUAGUAAAGUGAUGAACCAACAUUGGGACAUUAUGUACCCUGCUUGGACGUUUUGGGAAGGAGGACCAGCUGUUUGGCCAAUUUAUCCAACAGGACUUGGACGUUGGGACGAGCAGAGAGAAAUUAUUCCUAGGGAAGCAAAAAAAUGGCCGUGGACAGCGAAACAAGAUAAAGGUUACUUCCGAGGGUCUCGCACCAGUUCUGAACGAGAUCCUCUCAUAUUGUUGUCUCGUAAACAUUCAGACUUGGUGGAUGCUAAAUACACAAAGAACCAGUCCUGGCGCUCCAAGGAGGAUACAUUAGGUGAAGAUCCAGCUGAUGAGGUACGCUUAGAGGAUCACUGUCAAUACAAGUACUUGUUUAACUUUCGAGGAGUGGCAGCAAGUUUUCGACUGAAGCAUCUCUUUUUGUGUGAUUCUCUUGUAUAUCAUGUUGGAGAAGAAUGGCUGGAGUUUUUCUACCCUGCUCUGAAACCAUGGGUCCAUUAUAUACCGGUCAGACAGGACCUGACCGAUGUCCAGGAUCUGCUCGAGUUUGCCAAACAAAACGACGAUGUAGUAAAAAAGAUAGCAGACAGAGGACGGCAAUUUAUAUGGGACCAUCUCACAAUGGAGGAUAUUUCUUGCUAUUGGGAAAAACUUCUUAAACGAUACGCCAAACUUUUGAAAUAUACCCCCAAAAGAAACAAGGACUACAAACAGAUUAAACCCAAGAUGUCUUAGCCCACAAGUCACUGAUCGUGUAUCAGAAAUGUCAUUUUGUUUCUCCAACAUCUGUCAUUUUAUAUCAGACAUUGUAGAAGUUAGAUCAUAUUAAGAUUUGUACAUGGAUUUAUGUAGUGGUAAAUGGUUGUGAUAUCUAGUAGUUGAAAGUUAAGAUCAGAACAAGAUAAUUCAUACAGUUGUUGACAUUUUUUCCCCAUAUUUGAACAGAAUCCCAUUCCAUUUUUUAUCCUGUCAGAAUUUAAUUGUUUUAUAUGAGACAGUCCAUAGUUAAGAGAACUAUCAACUCAUUAUGCAAUUUUGUUACAGACACCCUCCCUACACAUGGUAGCUACAAAUCUGUACACGGCAGCUAGCUAAAUACAUUUGCUAUGUGAAUUAUUGACAUAUCUAGAAAACAUCAAGCAUUGAAUGAGUAAUUAUUACUAAUACAAAUGUAUUAACAUUUCACAGCUUGGUGCAACAGAUGUGAGGAUGAGGG